AUGGAGCUUUUUCGCCGUCUCUCGACGCUUUAUAAUGACAUCAACCCAGCCACGCUGAGCGGUGCCGUCGACGUUAUUGUUGUACAACAGCCCGAUGGCAGCCUCAAAUGCAGCCCCUUUCACGUGCGCUUUGGCAAGCUCACUCUGCUGCGUGCCAUGGAGCGCCAGGUUCGCGUUGUCGUCAAUGGCGAACAGGCCGAGGUUGCCAUGCGCGUUGGCCGGGCUGGCGAGGCAUAUUUCGUCCAUGACAUCAACGACGCCCCAGAAAACGCCCUUCCCGUCACCGAGAGCAACUUGACUUCGCCCGUAACCACACCACUACCUCGCCUGUCCGAUGUAGAGAGCAGCGGAAAUGCAGCCGAUGCUGACAGGCUUUCCAUCCCUGCCUCCAUUUCCGAGGAACCUGCCGAAGAAGUUGCUCGUAGCAAUGGACUCGACGAGAGCCACGCUUCCCAUUUUGACGACAGCAUCGAGUCUUGGCUCUGGGGUGAUAUGCCAGUGCGUAGCCAUGAGCACAGUCUAAAACGCUCAAACUCCCAGCAAUUUUCCCGAACCGUUGUGCCUUCGCCCCGUGAUCCAACCGAGACUGAACUUCUGGCUUCAGAUGCCCCAGCUCCGGGCCCCUUGCGGGCCGCUCGAUCGCUUGACGACAUUACCCUCGACUCAUCCGCCGCUGACGUCUUCUCUCUCGGUCCUACCGGUCGCAUCCGCUCCAUCUCCGAGUCUGUUACCUCAAAGCUUCUCGAUCACAGUCCAGUCGUCGUCCCUGCUUCAAGUUGUGACGCCGCAGACGACUCUCGCACACCCUCGGGCAGUCCCGGGCUUAUCGCUCGCAACGCUCGUGGACUUCCUGACGAGGAAAUCACCAACGAGCCCGGUACUCCCACGCCGGCAAGCCUCAACUCGAUCCCAGAGCCCGAGUCUGAGGAUGAGCUUGGUGACAACGGCUUCCCCGUCGUUGAGCUCUCUCUCUGCGGCGGUGACAAGGACAAAUCGCAAGAGGAGCUCGCCGUCAGCUUCAAUCGGCAUCACGUCGACUUUAGCCAGUUUGUCAGCGACCCCACCCUUUUGCAGCACAAGGACCUGGUGGUGCGCAUCGGUGGCGAGCGCUAUUUUUCUUGGGAGAUGGCUGGUCCUUACAUCAUGAGUCACGUUGUGUUUCAUCAGCCUCUACCCGCCGAGGCCAUUGCGGCGCUCGAGCGAGAAAAGAGUCGCCGCGAGACCAAGAGCCGCAGCUGGCUUUUUGGCUGGGCCUCCAAAGCCGCAAGCUCCAAUGCCUCGGUCAUGGCGUCGGACGAAUCCGAUGUCGAAGCCGAUGAUGCCGAGCAUACCACUGCCAGCGAGCCCUCGGGCAGCGAGCACAACUCGCCCCAACAACAGCGACGUACCCUCAAGCAUCGUGCAAGCAUGCCCGUCAACAUGCCGUCGGGGUCCAGCCGCGAUAGCGCCAAUGAAGCCUCUGAUGACACUGUACACGCCAGUAGCGCGCCCGCCGAUUCUCGGGCCGAGGCAGCUGCACGGCCGCGUCCAGCCACUGCUGGUGAUGUACCUGCCUCUGCCUCGGGCGCGCGCGUCAGCGCAGGCCGUGCAGCACUGGCCUCACAGUCCAGCCUCGAAUCUGUGGGCGACAUGGCUCGCAAAAGCUUACGACUGACCUCCGAGCAGCUACUGUCGCUCAACCUGAAGCCCGGGAGCAACGUAUGCGAGUUUACUGUCGUCUCCAAGCUGCAAGGCAAAGCUACGAUCUCUUGCCGUAUCUUCUUGUGGCAUUACACUUCCAAGAUUGUUGUUUCAGACAUCGAUGGGACCAUUACGCGUUCGGAUAUGCUAGGCCACGCUGCUGCUUUUAUGGGUACGGACUGGACGCAAACAGGCAUUGCCACUCUCUACUCUGGUGUGAGUCGCAACGGCUAUAACUUUCUAUAUCUUUCGUCACGAUCCAUUUCCCAAUCCAUGGGCACUCGCGAGUACUUGCGCAAUAUCAUCCAAGACACCCACAAGCUACCCGACGGCCCCAUCCUGUUGUCACCUUCCUCUUUGUUCAAGAGUCUGCAUCGCGAGGUCAUCCUCCGGCGACCAGAGGAGUUUAAGAUCACUUGUCUGUCCGACAUUCAAAAUCUUUUUCCUCCUUGCAACCCCAACCCCUUUGUUGCUGGAUUCGGCAACCGCCACUCUGACGUCGUCACCUACCGAGCGGUGGGCAUUACAGACUCGCGCAUCUUUACCGUUGAUCCUGCCGGUCUUCUCAAGGUGUCGAGCGGCACUUACAUGCGCUCUUCCUACUCGCAAAUGAGUUUGGUCGCGGAUGCUUUCUUCCCACCCAUUAACGGGCUGGCCACAUGGUCCCGAGGAGACACACACAGCGACUAUGACAACUUUAAUUACUGGCGAGCGCCAAUCAUGGGGGAUGCUACAAAUGGCCAAGACUCCCUCUUGUCCUCUCUCUCGGAGGAGGAGGCAGCGCUGUUGGGUCUCAAGUAAUGGUUUUGCACGUCUCCUCAAGAAUAAAGAGCAUCAUGGCUUUGGGUCGUUUUUGAGCCCUCUUUUGUGCAUGUGUGUGCGUGCGUGUGUGUGUGUGUGUGUCUGUGCUCGUCAAGAUGUUUCUUUUUUAGGUAUAGGUGAUGCACAGUGUCGGUAUGCCCGUUUAGGCUUCAUUCAAGAGGUUCGGGCACUGACGGUUUUUCUUUAGCGCGUUGGCUUUCGAGUGCUUUUCGAUGGCGUGUUUGUGGUUGCUUGAAAGUGUGGGGAGCUGCCGAUGAAUACUCCGAACACCUCUUUUGU